CGGGUGUCUCUGGCCGAGGCCGCAAUCUCCACUCUCCGCCCGCGGUGGCGCUGGCAGGUGCAGCACGUCGCCUCCCCGGGCUACCAGACCCCUGGCCCUCGGGGGUCUCGCCACAGGAAAGCAGGGAAAGGACUGCCAAUUUCUUCCCCAUCCCACGAGGGUGGACCGACGUCUCCCUGCCUCAGUGCCCUGCUGGGCAGAACGGGCGUCGGGGCAGGUCAGUGCAAAGUGACGCGCGGCUGACGCGCCCCGGUGGGUCCUCCCGGUGGAGAGAACUUGGGGCCCGACCUACACCGCACUCGGGGCGUCCCGGACUCGGCGGCGUGCUGUGGCCCCAGGGCUCCCUGCCUCCCUCCGGCGCAGCUGGCUACCAAGUCCCGAUCCCCGCUGACGGCCGUGGAUGGAGCCCCGCCGCCCGGUUCACCGUGAUCUUGAGAUUCGGGCGGUAGCGGGGACGUUUCCAAGGCCGAGGCAUGAAGGUGGCUGUGCUGGACCUUGGGUCUCUCUUUGCCAAAAUCUUCAAGACCUCUGCGGCGCCCCCGGCGGUCCCUUCGCCGGUCGCCUCCUCCAGCCUCUCGGGGGGCGUCGACUCCGUGGGCUCCGACAGCUCCCUUAGCACAGCCCCGACCCUGACCCCCCUCCCCGCCCUGCCCGCCUCCCCCUCGGCCUCGCGGGGUGCCCCCGCCCUGAUGCCCCCGGCCCCCGCCGCUCUCCACCCGCUGCUCACCGCCUCCUGCCCCAGGGGCUCGGCCGCAGGCCGCGUGACCGAAGCAGUGUGGCCCACCCGCUCGCUGCCCAAUAGCCCGGGAGCAGCCAAAGUUCAGCCCCCGCCCCUGCCCCUGCCCCAGCCCCCCACCAGCGGCAGUGGCGGCGGCUGCAGCCCCGCGGGCUCCCCCGCUCACCUCGUGGCCCUGGCGCGGCCGCCCCCGGGCCCUGGCGGGCUUUGGGCCGCGCUGCCGUCGAUGGGGGGCGCCGCGAGCCGCAGCCCCAGUUUAGCCGCGAGCCCAAGGAACCCCCACCAGCCUGGCCCCGGAGAGCGAGAGCCCAGCGCGUGGUUGCCCCCCGGUCCCGGGCCGAAAACUCUGUUCUUCACCCUCCCCGACAUCGGCGAGGAGUGGGCUUCCGACAGCGACGCGGAGGAUGGCGGAGACGCAAGAGGACUAUCAGAAGGAACUGGAAAGCACAGUUUUGCUGUGAAAAACAAAGAUCCCUUACCUACACAUUUUACAAGAAAUGUGCAGAAAGCCAUUGAUAAAUAUACCUGUGAAUCUGUGUCAUCCUUGUCAUCAAGUGGAAACACCACGCCCACAGAAGCACACAACUCUUUGUCUGGGUCUGGGACCCAAAGUUCUACCACCGAUUUAUCUACCGAGAGGAGCUCAGUUUACUCUUGGAGAGAUGACGAGUUUGACAAAGCCAAUGCACAGAAAGUGAAGCAAUUAUUCUGGGAGGUCGAGGAAAUGUUAUUUGAAGGAAAAGUAAGCCCUCAGACCCAGAAUCUACUGGCUGAAUGCAGCGAGUGGUCAAGGAGAUCCCUCCAUCUGAGAGUAUUAGGAAGACAGCUCAUCCUGCCAACAGACGAAGGCUUCCAGCAUUUCCAGGGCAGCGUGCCUGGUUCUGUAGUGCACAGACCCAUACUUGAUGCCUGUGAAUGCAGCAGCAACCUCAAAGAGUUGUGCAUCUCUGGCUGUCAGAUAGUCCCAAAGGCACCCUCAGCCCCUUCCCUGCUGGGCACGGAUUCCAUAACAACUGCAGAUCCAACGGCAUGUCCAACCCUGGAAGAAGAGAUUUAUGAUAUGGAUGGAAAGAUUGAAGAGUAUUUUGCUUUUGACAGAAAAGAAGGUGAUGAUGCAUGUCUUGAACAAAACAAAGUUCCCUGUGGAAGAAAGUGGAGGAAACAUGGGUUUCCUCCCGUUUCGCCUCAGGACUGUAUCAGAGAUUCGGUGGCUGCAGAAGUGUUUGAUCACGUCUGGAGAAAUGUGGUAGAUUUAUUGGAAGAGCUCAUUAGGAAAAACUGGGAAAUGGCACUCACAGAAGGAAAAAAACAGAAAGAAAAAUUCAAAGUAGCUGAAAAUAAAUUUCCGCAAGUCAUGAUUUCUCGUAUUAACACUGAUACAUCAAGUGUUCCCCCCUCUAGAAGUUCUGAAACUCGAAACAUUUCCUUGGCUUCUCAUCUUAUUCUACCUCAGAUUCAUCGCUUCUCCAACAAUUUUUACAGUGACCUGAAUGGUGUGAUGACAAUUCAAGCUAAACCACUUCAGCAGAGGCCUACCUAUUUUGCAGAUAGAACCCAGAACGAGCAAGAGGAUAAACUACUGGCUGUAGGAGGAACUAAUGUUCUUUCCUCAGCAAGGCACCGGCUGGGACGAAUCUCUGAUACUCGGGGGCUACAGACUUCUGCAAAGAAAACUCCAGUGCACAGGAGACUGCCUUCUCUUGCCUCAGACUUACAGAGACUAAAAACCCCCAAUGUCUAUAGUGAUGAAGUUCUUAGGGGAACAAAACUGCAAACUGGCACAGACCCCAUGUCCUCACCAUCUGUUCAAACCUUGCGGAGCAGGUUACCCCCGAUAGUCUCAGAGACUGGCAAGCAGACUGCAGCAGUUCCUGGAUCCCGCCCUGCUUCUUACAGGGGAAGGCAUCUGCAAAAUCGUGUGUUAAGUGCAAUACCUGACAGUAUAGAGAGAUCACCUCUUCGAGAAAGAACUAUUACCUUGGACCAGUUUUCAAGGCCCAGCACAACCCAUACAUUCCGGUCAGACACGCCCCGAAAAAGUUCACUGACGCCAAUGGAAUUUUCUGGCCACACAUGGACAGGUCAAAGUCUCUUGACAGGUUCACAAUAUCUGCCUAAAUCUUUUCAGAGGACAACCUUGACUGCAAGAAAGAGAUUCCAAAUGGCAUCUUGAUUUUACUUCACCAGAACUAUGGCAUUUAUUGGAGCAUUCAAAGCCACAACACACUCUCACUUGAAAAAUGGAAGAAAAAGUAUUAUACUAUGUAUCAGUUUGUCUGACAGUCUGAGAUGUUACACUACCUGAGGAAAAAAAUGCAAAAAAUAAAAUAAAAUAAACAUCUUAAAUUUGAACUGGAGAAUCCACUAACUUUGCAUUGUAAAAGGAGUACAAGUCAAAUACACCAACUUUCUUCUUCCUGGGAAGCGUCCUUGAGGUUCUUUGGAUCUUACUCAGAAGAUCCUAAUAGUGUCUGUAUCCCAUCAUUUUAUCAGUUAUACACU